CGGUGUGCCGAGGGAACUCUGUGGCUGAGGAAAACCUUGCUUCCCUGGAAUUGAGCCCGGACGCUGUCGACGCUCGAGGCCUCAUUUCCAGCGCCAAGGAUAACACAAACUCCAUUAGGAGCGACACUAGCGACUCUAGUGACACCGACGCUAUUGAUUUGGACGCAAGUGAUGGUGACACCGCGGCACCGAAGAUCUAUGGCACCGGAGUCGGUGUGGCUGUCAACAUCACUUGUUCUGUCGACGCUCAUCCCAAGCCCCACACGUUCACCUGGUCUCUCAACGCCACCUCGCAGGAGCAGUCGCAGCCUGCAGACGACUCACUGCGGCGUCACCACCAGACCAGGGCGCCUAACAGGAGCCGUACGAGCACCGCAAGCUACGGCAGCUCCAGCAACCUGCUCACAUACACGCCUCACACCUCGCACGAGUUCGGCACUCUGCUGUGCUGGGCACAGAACGAUGUCGGACGGCAAGCUGACCCUUGUGUCUUCCAGGUGGUGCCAGCAAGCACCCCUGCCAGCGUACAUAACUGCACAAUUAACCAACACAUAACUGCACAAAUAAUUUUUCCUCGUACAGGUGGUGCCAGCAAGCACCCCUGCCAGCGUACACAACUGCACAAUUAACCAACACAUGACUGCACAAAUAAUAUUUUCCUCGUACAGGUGGUGCCAGCAAGCACCCCUGCCAGCGUACAUAACUGCACAGUGUCGCCGACCUCUCCCAGUUCCCCCAACACUUUGGUGCUGAGGUGCUUGCCAGGCUGGGACGGAGGGCUCGUCCAAUCCUUCACUCUUAAAGUUAUGGAAGGGAAAAACUUCUCCGCAAAAUCCAGACUAAAUGGACUUGGUCGGAACGAUGCAGAGGAUGGAAAUAUAGAUGAAUGGAUCCGAGGCGGAUCAGUGCGAUACAUAAAAGAUCAGCGCCAAACACCCGCGACCAAGUUGGACAGCUCGUCUCGAGGGGUCGAGGACAGUCGUCUACGGACGCCGCCCGCCGUCCUCACCGGCCAAUCUUCUCCUCAUUUCACGGUUUCUGGUCUUGCUGCUGGCCAGGAAUAUGUUCUUCAGGUAUUCGCGAGCAACGCUCGAGGAGAUUCGUCGCCGCUGAUCGUGAACUAUAUGACGCCAAUCGAUGUAGCGGAAGGCCGCCUCAGCUCAGACACAGCUUACGCCAGUGCUGGAAAUGGCGGUGGCAGCGCCAUGGUUAUUCUUGUGGUAGUCUUGGCUAUUUUGGUUGUAUUUGGUGGUAUCGUGACAGCCGCAAUCGUCAUGCUCUUGCGACGUAAGAAAGAACACAUGUUGCGGGCACAAAAUGCAGACGAAGAUGAAGAAGAAAUCGAUGAUGACCAUCGAUUUAGAGCAACAUCUCUCGCAUCAGUUGCUGAGACUCACGCCCCUGAAAUUCAACCAGGCCAGACCGAAAUGAGGGACCAGUUUGCCAGCGGCAACAUCAGUGGCGGCUUUUGUGGCUCUAGCACGCCAACUUUUGAGCCUUCGGCGUCCCUGAACAGCUCCCUUAUUCCUACUAUAUCUAAUUCCAGCUCUGUGACCACAGCUCGGUUCAACAGAGGACCUACGCAGAGAGAACGAAUUGUGAGGUCUUUACCUCAGGAGCCUCCGGAUCCGGACAUCUUGCUCUAUCGACUGAAAUCUUCAGAUGUGUGACUGUGGUAAACUUCUAAUUGGGUUCACUCGGAAACUUCUACAGGAGAGAUCUUCUUCUGUGACUUCCUCGAAACAUAAAUGAAAAGAAACGAGAUUAGUUGAAAUGUUAGAUAAACUAAAUAAUUCCGGCCCUAUUCAAUAGGGUUCCUGCCCUAUUCUUGAUCGUAUUAAAAUGAUUCAGAAACACUUAUUAUUGUUGUUUUUAUAUUUCCACCACUUUAAUCACAAUACAUAAUAUGCUUCUUAUGCGCGAACAUUAGUUCAAUUCCUUUCAUAAACCUUUUUUAUUCGAGAAAAAUCCAACUCCGCAUUUGAAUCCGUUCGUUGAUCGCCGUUUCCCCUGUGAAUAAAUGUGAUGAUUCAAGUCGACGUUCAAAUUGUGACGUGAAUGAACUAAAUGUAAGUUCUUAUGUGCCCUAGAGCUUUUAAUAGGGUAAGGAAUAAAUUAUGAUGUAAGUCAA